CCCCUCUUCUCGCUUGGACUCGUUCUUCUUUUUUUCCACACUACGAUUAAUUUUUUUUGCUCUCUCCUCUCCUUUAUUCUCUUAAAAUAUAUACUUUUCGAAAGUCGCCACAUACGACCUUUACUUUGUCAUUUUCCAGCUGCUACAUCAAUUUUUAGAGGCUGUCUUUCGCAUAGCUAUUACGGUUUUACCGCCUUUUGACAACUAUGUCAUAUACUGCUGGCACUCCCAACAUCCCCACAAUCACCAAUACAACAUCACUUGUAGCCAAUAGUUCAGUGCAUACCACCACCACGUACAUCUCGCAUGAUGGGACUAGUAUUAUAACAAUUGGAAACUCUACUACAAUCAUUCGACCAAACAUAGACACUACAAAUUUAACCGAAAUCAGGGUUGGAAUACUACUGCCCUUUAGUCAGACCGAAGAUAAUUUCACGCAUGAAAUCGUAUGGGGUGGUACAUCUGCCAUUCGUAUGGCUGCUCAUGAAAUCAAUACCCAAGGCAUUAUUCCAGGAGGAUAUAUUACGUUGAUUGAAAAAGAUUCAUUUCCAACCAAUGGCCUCGGUCAGACAUCCGUUACCGACGCAGUCUACGCGGCCGUCACGUUGCUCCAACAAGGUGUAGUCGGAGUGAUCGGCGAUGUUUCUAGUUCAUGGACCAGUUUGAGUGCAUUGAUGACCGGAGCGUUACAAAUUCCGCAAUGUUCAUUUUCUGCCAGCGCCAUCUCUCUUUCCGACAAGAGUCAGUAUCAAUAUUUUUUUAGAACCAUCCCAACGCAAAUUAUAUUUGCAGAUACCAUGUUAGCUUAUGUUGCGAGUCAGGGGUGGGACAAAGUCUCCAUCUUGUAUUCGGACGAUGCACUCGGGCAACAACUAUGCGAAGAAGCUAUCAUCAAAGCCGGACUCAUGAACAUUCACAUCGUCACCUAUCAAGCUUUUUAUAAGAACGGAAUCCAGUCCGAUAUUGCAUCCACUCUAAAAAAUUUCACAGACUCUGGUGCUCGCAUUAUUAUUGUGGCUGCGGUUGGCGAUCCUCAAAAUGCUAUAAUGGUCCAAGCUGCCUCAAUGGGUUACAUGGACGAUUCUUACGUCUGGCUCUUGAUUGGUGCAGUUGGUUCGACUUUGGAAAAUGCCGUUAGCACUUACAAUACCGAUGUCAUACAGCGUAUUGCUAAUGGCACUGCAGCCUCCAACAGUGUUUCCUCAGCUGUCGCUGCUGCAUCCGAUCCAAUGAUGGUGGAAGCUUUGCAAACCAAAAAUAUGUCACUCAUUGACUUUAACCAAACAUUUACUGGCGUCGUACUGUUUGAUACCUGGCUAACACCAGACGGAUAUCCACCGUACGAGAGUUUCCUGGACAGAUGGGCUGCCCUUGAUCCAAUAGAUUACCCCUAUGCCGGCGUACGCAAUAUUACAACAAAUGAAGGGUUGGCAUAUUCCUGUAUGAAAGUACUUGCAGGCGGAUUCAAUACGACACUAUCUAACGCCACGAACUCUUCUGUUGCUCUCACUCAAUUGGCAACGGGACAGCUUGGAAAAUACAUGACACCGCUAGCAUUCAACGUAGGUUACGUUGGUCCUGAAGGUCCCAUCAUCCUUGAUGCGAAUGGCGAUGUCACUCAAUCGAACUUUCUAGUCUAUAACUUACAAUGGGGAAAUCAAGUUGUGAUCGGAAAUAGUAUCAGUGGAGAAAUGGAUAUUUUUUUACCACCUAUGUACGCUGGCGGAUCCUAUGUGAAACCAGCAGAUUCUCCUCCAAGUGUGGCUUUGAACCCAACCAUUACUAGUCCUGCUGGUAUGGUGAUCUUCAUCAUUUCGGCGGCAGGUAUUUUAUUUGCUCUCGGAACCAUGACUCUGGUCAUUGCUUUUAGAAAACACGAAGUCUUCAAAGCUUCAAGUCCAAUAUUCUGCUGCCUGGAACUCAUUGGAUUUAUGCUAACCUAUGCGAACGUCAUCUUGAUGAUUGGUGUUCCUACCACUAUCACUUGUUAUAUGUCACCUAUUGUAUUCAACCUCGGAUUUGUUCUUGUACUUGGUAAUAUGGUCGCCAAAAAUUUUAGAAUAUACCGCAUCUUCAACAACAUCUUUAUUACACGAACUGUCAUUACCGACUUUCAACUUAUCAAAGCAUCUAGUAUUAUUAUUACCGUCAGCAUGGCUAUCCUGGGAGUAGGUCUUGCAGUAGCGCCUCCUUCGCCAACUGCUGUGGAAGUGUCCAGUACGCAACAUUAUUGGUCCUGUGAUGCUACAGGUCCAGCCAAGGUGCCGUUCCAAGCGCUUACACUUACAUUUGCCGGCCUACUGGUUGGCUUUGCAACGUUUCUUGCAUAUAAGACACGGUUGGUAGGAACAAAUUACAGCAAAUACAAUGAAUGCCGGCAAAUCGGAUUUUCCGUGUACAACAUCAUGUUCUCAGCUAUGAUUGGGUUUAUCGUCACGGUUAACUCCAUGCUAGAUUACUUUACGCGGUUUUAUAUCACGGUGGUGACCAUUCUAUGGGGUUGUAGUGUAUCGUUUUUGAUAUUAUUUCUCCCCAAACUGCACGAAUUCUUUAAACACCAGCGAAGUCAUAAGUCGCCGUCUGGAACCAGUAGUGAUGCAGAACUCAAACCAUCGCAGGAACAUAACGCCUAUUCCAUGUUCCCAUCCUCUUCGGCUGUGACGACUGGAUUCCAACUGCACAGUAAUCAUGAAUUUGACGGAGAGCUAAUUAGCCUAGACCAAAUCUUAGCGUCGGAUCCACCAAUGUUAUCCAGACACCGAAAAGGUUCCUUAGGCAGCACAUUUGUAGAUGAAAACGGGAAAUCCACUGGCAGUUUUAUCGAAGCUCAUGAAGGCAAGAUGCCUAUGCGACGUGUGUUUCGAUACUUUCCUUUCUUAGCGCAAUGGGAGAUGUUGCACAUCAUGGUAUUUCCUUGGUCUGGGUAUUUUUCUUUCUUUUCGACCAAAUCAUCCAAAGGCAGCAUCUUCGCUUACAACCAGACGUCUGUGUUUUCUUGCGAGCCUGGGAACUACGUGUUCAAAGUCCAUGGGAUCGGGUGGUACGAUGCUUAUGUGCAGGUGCAUGAUCGUGAGGCUUUAGACACUUGGCGACGUUGGUUCGACCGUCGUCAUGACUCGGGAACAGUAGUCGAUUCGUCCACACUGAUGGCACGUUUACGACGAGGAUCAAGUCCUGGGCUUCUUGGCAUGACGAUUGAAGAAUGCGACGAUAACGAACCAACCAACACAACUCAUAUGCUUGGUUCAGGGAUAUCCCGUCAAUACUUACUAGACCGUCGUCCCAGUGAUCAGACCAUGGAAAGUAGCUUGACGGGUAGCAUGGAGAGCGCUGGCAGCACUCCAAUGUCGACCGCGAAACCACGUGCACCGCCCAGUUUCCUAAAUCAUCCUUCGACUUUGGAAGACUUGGACGAUGAUAUCACAUUUGCAUUCGAAGGCUAUGACAACGACCUUUCGCAUAUUGCGCAGCAGCAUCCGCUGGAUCGGGUUGCUGCUGAACUUCGACACAAUGCUCGAUCGACACCGCAUCAUCGCAUCCAAGACCUUGAAGAAAGUCGCCGCCGCGGAAGUGAAUGUACGCUAGAUGAGCGUCUCUACCUACACGCUGAUCUGUCACAAACCUUACACAAUUUUAAACCACCAAGAUAGGUUUUUUAUUAUAUCUUUGCAUAUUUGUUAUAUAUAUUUUUGU